AUGUCGUUUUUGGGCGACCUUUUCAGUUGUGGUCGGGCGAGACGGACGCGCGAGACGUCGACGGAGCCGCUUGAAACAGAUGACGCGACGCCCGAGCCCGUCAACGCGCAUGGAACUACUGCAACCACCACCCACCCCACGAUUGAGAAGCCGAACGGCAUCCCUGCGCCCCAGGAAGACCGCAUCGAACGCGUAGCGGAUCAAGUGCGAGUAGACCCGCAGCCAAAUGUCGAGAAACGUGGUAGCGGCCUAACCCAGGAUGAUAUCGAGCUGGCUGUCAUCCCAGAAAAGUCGAAGCCGAGUGCGGGAUGGAUAGUCGAACAGAGGGUUCUUGUCACAGCUACGCCCGCCACGAAGCAAGACACUUCUAUGCCCGAGCCCGAGCAAAAGCAUGAGCAAGAACACGAGAGUCGCGCACCUACCCCACCUGUUCGUUGUGCCACGCCUGAGCAAGAACCAUGGAACUCAACUCCGGUUGCCCAAGCAGCAACAGAGCCUGAAGCUUCCGGCAUGACCGUCAUUACUCCUGUUCAGUGUGCGACUUCCGAAUCCGACACUCGUGCGGCCACCCCGGAUGUCACGGAGGUACAUGAGCAACCUUCUGAGCAGACCAUCAUACUUGUAGAAGAUCAGACCUCAGAGCCCGCGCUCGUUGAGGCCGCCACGUCCAGCGCUGAACUCGAGGACGUUGUUGAGGAUGUUCCGACACCCAAGAAGUCUGCACCAGUCCAGCUGCUUGACUUGCCGCCGGAGAUAAGGAACCGCAUCUAUGAGCGCAUGACCGAGGAAGUGCCCAUCAGGAUGUGCCGACACGACGACCCGGCGCUGACUCAACGCGAAGCUGAAUCCGCGCGUACUACGCGAAGACAGUACUACAACCUUACGCAGGUAUGCCACCAGAUUCGCAAUGAGUUCUUGCCAGUAUACGCGAAGAAAGCGCACUACAUCAUCGAUCUUUGGACCCAAAAAUCGAACCUGACCAAGGUGGAUUCCCUCAAGGGCCAGGUCUCCUUGGAUAUUGAUGCAGCGUGCUUCGACAUGGAGCCUAUCGACCUGCUGCCGCUCAUUCGAUGCCUUGUCCGCACGCGUCGAACCGACUGUCGCUUUACUUCUACCGAGGGUGUCGUCUUCCGCAGUAUCUCCGAGAUCGUUGGGGAGCUCAACAAGCUUCUUCCAAACCCCGAGAACAGCAACCAAAGCUGGCUGACGGCAGUCAACGGACCAAUGAAGAGAAUCGACUUGCAUCUGUUUCCCCACGACGACAUCCGACAAUACUACCGAUUCCGAGGUGCUGAGCCACUGCUGCGUGUAGUCUACCCAUCGGCCGUGAGCGAGGAGUGGAUGAAGCGGGCCUCGAAGUCGGAGGGAUAUGAAGCGUACUUGCAGAAGACCGGAUUAGACAAGUUUGAGAUGCACGUUGUUAUCGGCCACGCCUCCCGGAGGACUACGAACGAAGGCCGCCUGCCGCUUGAUUGGCGGAUGAGCUACCAGCUAUCGAGGCACUCGAUCGACCGCGCCCCUCGCAUGUCCAUGGAUAUUGCAGCCGCUCGCAUGUCUAUUGACAGAGCGCCGCGAAUGUCAUGA